AUUGAUGAGGCACCUCCCUUCGACCUGUCCGCCAAAGACCGCUUCUCCUUACUUCCUGCAUUACCUGACUGCCUGAGGUACCAAUACCCUAUUCCGAAGGCAACUGGCGCUCCUACUAUCAAUGCUACGUGCCAUUUUGACCACGACGUACCCGUAGAUCCGACACUGCUGGGCGCCGCCAUGCUAAACCAGGUUGUUUACAGCGUUUCGGUGCUGCCAGUCGCUUGCAAUUACAACUGGAUUAAAAGACAGUCCAAACAUUUAUAUCAACAAGCAAGACUUCAACAACUUAACAGCAGUGGGGCGUGGGCCGCCAUGCGCCCGCUGACGCACUCCUUCCUCUUCUGCUGCCCGCUGCGCACGGGCGGCGUGGCUGUGGCCGCCGCCCACAUGACUUUGGCAACCCUGCGCGCAAGGUAAAUUAAAUCGCUGCUACCCCCCAUGAUGGCUGCCUUUAUGACCUUGCUUCGUUCUUCGGCCUGACUUAUUACGCCGUGCUGUGGAAUGGAUUAAAAUUUUAUGAGUACUUCGGGGCUUGUUCUUUACUAGUGAAUUGCAAUCACAUCUAACAAAAUGGCAGCUCUAGCCGAACAAGCGUCUAAAUUGUUAGACUUCAAUCAAAAAAUUGACAUUAACCUCCUUGACAACAUUGUAGUGUGCAUGUAUUCUGGUGUUGGUGAUCAACGUCGAAUAGCCCAGGAAGUUUUAACGACUUUAAAGGAGCACCCUGACGCCUGGACGAGAGUUGACACUAUUCUAGAGUUUUCUAGCAACCAACAAACGAAAUAUUACGCUCUGCAAAUAUUGGAACAAGUUAUUAAAACACGAUGGAAAAUUUUACCAAGGAAUCAAUGCGAGGGUAUCAAGAAAUAUAUUGUUGGGUUAAUCAUCAAAACCUCGUCGGAUCCUGUGGUGAUGGAAAGGGAAAAGGUAUAUUUGGGUAAACUUAACAUGAUCCUUGUUCAGGUUUUGAAAAGAGAAUGGCCAAAGAAUUGGGAGUCCUUUAUUCCUGAUAUUGUAGGAGCAAGCAAAACUAAUGAAAGUCUUUGCCAAAACAACAUGGCUAUUUUAAAAUUGUUGAGUGAAGAAGUUUUUGAUUUCUCAACUGGCACAUUGACUCAAUCAAAAGCUAAGCAUUUAAAGAACACAAUGUGUGCAGAAUUUUCCCAGAUAUUCCAACUUUGCCAGUUUGUAAUGGAUAGUUCACAAAAUGCCCCACUUGUGGCUGCAACAUUGGAGACAUUAUUGAAGUUUUUGAAUUGGAUUCCUCUAGGUUACAUUUUUGAGACCCAACUGAUCACUACUUUAAUAAACAAGUUUUUAGAUGUUCCUAUGUUUAGGAAUGUUACUUUGAAGUGUCUCACAGAAAUUUCUGGUGUAAAUACAAGUGAAUAUGACAGUAUGUUAAUUCUACUCUUCAAUCAGACAAUGGUACAGUUAGAGAUGAUGUUACCUGUCAAAACAAACAUUCGUGAAGCAUACAGCCAAGGUCAAGAUCAUGAACAGAAUUUUAUACAAAAUCUGGCUAUGUUUUUGUGCACUUUUUUAAAAGAACAUGGUAACUUACUUGAAAAGGAAGAACCAAAUGGAUGUAUUUUAAAAGCUUUACAUUACUUGGUGCUAAUAUCGGAAGUAGAGGAGGUUGAGGUAUUUAAAAUAUGUUUGGAAUAUUGGAACAGCUUAGCAGCUGAAUUGUACAGAGAGUUUCCUUUUGGUGGAUCGUUUUCAGAAGUUAUGAUGGAUGUAAAGGCACGAAAUAAAGCCUCUCCCAGAAGACGAUUUUAUAAUUACAUACUUAUGAAAGUUCGUUUUAUUUUAAUUAGUCGAAUGGCAAAACCAGAAGAAGUUCUUGUAGUAGAAAAUGAAACUGGUGAAGUAGUUCGUGAAUUUAUGAAAGAUACUGAUUCUAUUAACCUUUAUAAAAAUAUGCGUGAAACAUUAGUUUAUCUCACACAUUUGGACAAUGCUGACACUGAGCGCAUCAUGACAGAGAAACUGCAGAAUCAAGUUAAUGGUACAGAAUGGUCAUGGAGAAAUCUGAAUACACUCUGUUGGGCCAUAGGAAGUAUAUCAGGUUCCAUGCAUGAGGAGGAUGAAAAAAGAUUCUUGGUAACAGUUAUCAAAGAUUUACUUGGGCUUUGUGAGCAAAAGAAAGGUAAAGAUAAUAAAGCUAUUAUUGCAUCUAAUAUAAUGUAUGUUGUUGGCCAAUACCCAAGAUUUCUGAGAGGACACUGGAAGUUUCUUAAAACUGUAGUGAACAAAUUGUUUGAAUUUAUGCAUGAAACUCAUGAUGGUGUUCAGGAUAUGGCAUGUGAUACUUUCAUUAAAAUUGCUCUGAAAUGCAGACGUCACUUUGUAGUCCUUCAACCUGGAGAAACUGUUCCAUUUAUUGAAGAAAUUCUUUCAAAUAUUAGUACUAUAAUAUGUGAUCUUCAGCCAUCACAGGUUCAUACAUUCUAUGAAGCAGUUGGGCAUAUGAUAAGUGCACAGUUAGACCAGGUAACACAGGAACAACUUAUCCAGAAAUACAUGAUGUUACCAAAUCAAAUUUGGGAUGAUAUCCUUUUGCGAGCAUCAAAAAAUGUUGAUGUUCUUAAAGAAGGAGACACAGUUCGACAAUUAACAUCCAUUUUGAGAACCAAUAUUAGUGCUUGCAAGGCUCUGGGACAUCCUUAUGUUUUGCAACUUGGACACAUAUUUUUGGAUAUGUUAAACAUAUACAGAAUGAUGAGUGAAAACAUCACCACUGCCAUUGCGUUAAAUGGUGAAAUAGUAACCAAACAGCCAUUAAUAAAGGGUAUGCGUGUUGUGAAAAAAGAAAUUCUAAAACUAAUAACUGAUUGGGUGAGUCAUUGCCAAGAUCACACCAUAGUGUUGGAAAAUUUCUUGCCUCUUCUACAGGAUACUGUUUUGCUAGACUACCAACAAACAAGUGUUCCAUCAGCUCGAGAACCUGAGGUUCUUAAUGCAAUGGCCACCAUCAUCAAUAAGUUGGAAUAUUAUGUAACAAGUGAAAUACCAAAAAUCUUCAAUGCUGUGUUUGAAUGCACUUUAGAAAUGAUAAACAAAGACUUUGAAGAAUUUCCUGAACAUCGAACAAACUUCUUUCUUCUCCUGCAGGCAGUUAAUGCUCAUUGCUUUCCUGCCUUUUUAAGUAUACCGCCUGCACAAUUUAAACUAGUACUCGACUCUAUCAUCUGGGCGUUUAAACACACAAUGAGAAAUGUUUCAGAAACUGGUUUAAGCAUCAUGUACAAAUUGUUACAAAACAUAGAACAACAUGACUGGAAUGCUGCUCAAAGUUUCUAUCAGAUGUACUUUACUGAUAUAUUACAACACAUACUUUCAGUUGUAACAGACUCUUCACAUUCAUCAGGAUUGUACAUGCAUGCAUCUAUUUUAGCCUACAUGUUCUAUCUUGUAGAAUCUGAAAAAGUCAAAGUUCCUCUUGGUGCUACUCCUGACAAUGUUCUGUAUGUGCAGGAAUAUGUGGCUUCUCUUCUUAGAAAUGCCUUUCCUCACUUAACAGACAAUCAAAUUAAAAUAACUGUGCAGGGUCUGUUUAAUUUGGAUCGGAAUAUUUCCGCCUUCAAGGAGCAUUUGAGAGAUUUCCUUGUUCAAAUUCGUGAGCAUGCUGGAGAAGAUGAUUCAGAUUUGUUUUUGGAAGAGCGUGAAGCAGCAUUACGUCAGGCCCAAGAAGCAAAAAGACAGACUCAGAUAGCAGUGCCUGGCAUAUUAAAUCCUCAUGAGUUGCCUGAAGAAAUGUUGGACUAAAAAGAAUGAUUCUGCUGUGUAGAAAAAAUGUGUUGUUUGCUUGCCUCUUGCUAUGGUUGUUGAAAAUAUAGUACUUGAUAAUUGAAUGCCUGUGUGACAUUUCAAUGAAUCUGUGUGUUUCAUGAUGAAAGAAAGUUAGAUUUUAUAGGAUAUAUAUAUGUAUCAUUUUAGUCUGUAACAAAGAAUUACAGUAGGACUCCUUUUGGUUUAUGACGCAAUAAUUCAGCAUUUCAUUUAAUGAAUGAAUGGAUUUUUUAUGUAUGACUUGGAUGUUACAAAGCUAAAUUUCAGUAAUUUGUGACAAGUCUACAGUGUGUCUUCUCAAAGAUACCAAUUAGUUGUGUUGACAUUUUUAUUUUCUGCUUUCAUUGCCUUCUGUGUGUUUGGUAAAUUGUUAAUUUGUAAGUGAACUGGAAAUUACUGCAUCACGAAUUCAUAGUGAUAAUCAAAGGUACAUGGAAUAAGGAGUAAGUAGAGAAUAUUCCUGAACUUCUAUGGAAAAAUUUGAUUUACUUUAGUUACAGUGAAGUCUGUAAUUUAUAGUGUGAAGUUUAUGAUUUAUAUAUGUAUGUGUUUCUGUGUAAUAUCAUUUAUUGGUAAUGUUAGUUUCCAUCAAGGUACAAAAAUAUCUUUAAUUGCUUUAUACAGUCAAACUUAAUCCUGUAUUAAAUAAGAAACUCCUUGUUUUAUUAAGAUAGUGUAUUUGUCCUUUGCUUUAAAGGAAUGCAAAGCUUAUUAUAGGCACACCAACCCCAUUCUUUAUUAAUGAAAGGUAUAAUGCCAUAUAAAUAGCCAACCUCCAUUCCCACUCUAUAGGUAUUCGUUUUUAUGCCACAAUGCUCCUUGGCUUUGGUAGCAAUUUCAUGUUCUUAUUCUUCUAAUAAAAAGAAUCGCAUGUCAUGUAAAGCGUACUGCUUUAGUUAAAUUCUAUGAUUUAAACAUCUCUUUUGGGUUUGCUGAGUUUCUAUGUUAAAAAUUAUGUAUGGUUCAGUGUUAAUAUGUCUAAGAACUUUGAAUCUAAAAGAUAGUCAAUUCAAUUGAAUUGACAACAGUUCAUUUGAAAACUGUUUAAAUUAGUUGCUAAUGGCAAUAUCUAAAUGAAAAACCAUGUGUGUGAUGUUCAUUAUUGUUGAAAGGGAAAACUGUUUUUGUGGGCAUAAUCAAACUAUGCCAAAGGUGUAAUAUUAAUUGUUUGUUCUGUGAUACAUUGUGUGCGGUUUGUAUGUGAAACAGUUGUGAAACUCAAAUAAAGCUUGAUAUUUUCUAAUCAAACAAGG